CCGUGAGAUUUUGAUUCAUAAUUCAUCCCAUUGCAAUCACAGAAAUAUGCACUUUGAAAAUAACCUUUCAAUUUAUUUUGAAUCUAUUUUCACCGCAUACCACGAUCGUCUCUGUAUUGCCGACAUAUUUUACUCACACCCACGUUUACACCCACACUCCAAAUCAAAGUAAGAGCAAAUCUUCCACAUGGUGACAAAAUAAUAUUUUUUUUCUAAAAAGACUGUAUUAUUAUACUGUUUGACUCAACGUUAUAAUAAAAAUGUUGAAACAAGAUCAAUUUAAAAAAAAAAGACAUUCAUUUCAAUUAUUGUUGAACUUUUGUAUUCGUUGAUUUAGACUAUCACUGACCUAAAGAUUCCCAUCUCGAUCAAAUGACAAGCCCUUAGGAGCAUAGAGCUGAUUCGAUUAAUUUCCUAGGUAAGUAAUGUUAGCACCAUAUUCGUCUGUAGACUUGUGCUGAUUCUCUAGUCGGUUGUGCUGACUGUAGAAUUUUAUUCUCCAUCGGAUGGUAUAAGUUUCGGACAGGAUCAUAGAGUAAAAAAUAGGGUAUUUUCAAAAAAUACACAUUCUUCUCCCAUGUAAACAUUUUAGAAAACGAAUAUUUUCUGUUCAGAUUCGCUUAUAUACCUGUGUUGAUUCUCCAGUCACUUGUGCUAGGUGUUGAAUUUCAAGCUCUAUCGAAUGAUGCAAUUCUUAACGGAGGUCAUCGGGCAAAAAAUUCGUCAUUCGGCGUGGAUCUGGGUGUGCUUGUGACUCUGGAUGCAACCGUUCUUGACGGUGUCAGCCAACUAUAGAGGAUUUCCCAUAUAUUUUGAAUCUAUUUUCACCGCAUAGCACGAUCGUCUCUGUAUUGCCGACAUAUUUUACUCACACCCACGUUUACACCCACACCCAAAUGCACAGUCAGCGGCGAACUUUUUGUCUAAUGACUCCAUUAAAAAUUAUACCACUCGAUAGAGCAUGAAAUUCUGCAUCUAGCACAAUCAACUGCAGACUCAACACAGGUCUAGAGACGAAUCCGGAUAGGAAAUACUCGAAUCUGGGGCUAACAUUACUUACGUCGUUGAUUCGCGUGACUGCGACACAUAUUUAAAGUGGAAAAAUUAAAAAGUCGACGUUAAAAGAAAAAAAAAUGCCGCAUUACAAAAUGAAAAUUAUGAAAGAUAAAAAGAAAUUAAAAAGUCUAAAACCAAUGAAAAAGGAUAAAAAUGUUAAAGCUGAAAAAAAUUUUAAAUUUUAAAAGAUUAAAAAUAAAUUGAAAGGUUAUUUUCAAAGUGCAUAUUUCUGUGAUUGCAAUGGGAUGAAUUAUGAAUCAAAAUCUCAUGGAACAAGGCUUGCAACAGAUAUCUAGAACAAAAUAUUUUUUGUACAUAUGGUUAAGUCCAUUCUUGUAAAAAUAUCUAAAUGUGGAUAAUUAAAUGGAGAGAUAACCCGAAUUCUGUUGUCUUAGAAGUGGUAUAAUUUUCUAUCUAAUACUACGCUUUUUCGAAAGUUUUUCAUGUUUUCGAUGUUGGCAUGGAUAUAGAAGGGUAUGCACAAUAAACUAACCUUAUCGGUGUGAGUGUGACUUGAAGCAUCAUCUCUUGAUACACAUCCAUACGAUCAGAAACAAGAAGAAGUCAAUCUCUACAUAUUGAUCCACAACUUGUUAAGGCUAGUUCCUUUCCCACAAAACAUCGAUCUCAAACUAGAAAUCUUAAUUGUUACUUUCCAAGCGAAAAAAAGGGAUGACAGGUUCAAUCAUUGGAAAAACGGGGUCUGUUUUUUGAAACAGUUUUUGAUAAUGAUAAUAAUAAUGCUUAAUUUAAAAAACGAGCUUCCAUAGGUCCUGCAGUUUUGAAAGUUCUUUCAAACAAAAAAAAAUGAUUUUAUAUUGUAAUGUUUAGUAAAACAUUUAUCUAAAAUUUCGGUUUUUUUUUAACGAAAUUCGAAAUUAUGAGGAGGGGAGGUAAUCUUAAGUUUAUUAUAAUGUUGUUUUUCUAAGGAAGAGCUGAUCAAAUUUGAGAAGAUUUAAUAGUAAAUGAAUAAAACAUGUUUAGAUCCGUCGUUAUUCGAUAAGGAUUAUUUUACAUAAUGAAUUUGAAGAAACAUAUUUCGUUUGAGUAUAACUUAUUUCAUUCAAUGAUAAAUUCUUCAUUAAUUUAACAUAAAGUUUAAAAAACAAAUAUUUACCUAAUAAAGUUGUAUAUGGUUGUUGAUAUCGACAUUUUCUAAUUAAUUCUAAUGAAUAUCCAUAUAUUGCAACAACACAAGAUGAAUAAUAAAGAUCUUUCCACCAUUCAGUCGACAUUUGACAAGGACGAAUUCGUUCUAAUGAUGAACCAUAAUAAUCCAAUUCAUCGAUAUAUUGUAUUGUUACAAGAAAGACUUGUUGUUGCAAAACGUUUUUGCUGGUUUUUAUAUAAAAUUCUUCUUUUAGCGUAUUUAAAGAUUUAUGUUCAAAUUUUGAUCUUGUUAUUGAAUCUGAUAAAGAUGCAACUGCUGCAAAAGGUGGAUAUUAA